UCCAUACUAUCCAGUACAGAUAAUUACGCGCAGCAGUAUGCCGCCCGCAGAGCUGCCCCCGCGCUCAACGCGCCGGCGCACACGGCUCUGGCGGCGGCCGCCAGCGCCGUCACAAGCAAGUGGAGCCGCAGGUGGCAGCAUGGGCCCGGGCGGCGGUGGACGCACUGAAAGCGGCACCCUCACAGGCGGUGGUGCCCGGACCUACUGCCACAGGAAGUGCGUAGCGCCAGAGCGUCCACGUCUGCGGCGUGCAUGCGGCUAUGGCGGACGGAACAUUGGCCAUCACAGCCGGCUCGCUGCAAUUUAUGGCGCUUGAAACCCGCAGCCACAUUUGUCGCAUUCUGCCUGACUACCCUUUGACCAUCAACCAAGACCUGGCCAACCUGGGCUUCCUGCUGGCGUACUGCGGCGGCUUGUGCACUGCGACAGGCGGCAUGAGCGCAUUCCGGCACGAGGGCGCCAGCCUCCCCGAGACCUGGGACGCCAGCUUCUCAGACCUGGUGCUGCAGCUCACACGGCGCAACCCCAGGGAGCGCAUCUCAGCGCAGGCGGCGUUGGAGCACCCGUUCAUUAUGGCUGGGCGGAAGAACAACCAGAAGCAGCUAGCAGCACGGUGGAAAACGAAGGGCAUGUGCAGUGCCUGAGGAGGCAGCACUUUGCAUGCAUAGUAGGUUAGUUAAGUGAGAGGCUUUGCAGCGAGUGGGUGGGAGGUAUUUGAGCUCGGGGUCAUUUGCCCGGGUGCUUGGUUACGUGGUCAACAAACGCAAUGGCGGUGUACACUACGAGAUGCAGGGAGAAUGCAAGUCCAAUGGCACUGGUGCGUGGGCCUGGCUGGUGCUGCACUGCUGAAGCGUCGACAUGUUCACACAAGCAUGGACAAAUUAAUGAAGGCUGCAGAGAUAAGAAUGUGGGUGAUUCAGUAUUACAGGCGGUCACUUACCGGGAGAACGCAUGACCACUACGUUUAUACCGUACAUAUGCCUCCGUAUGCAAUGCGGUUGUUUGGAGAAAGGUAUCGAAUGCAUGUGUGUGUGUCAGUGUGUGUUGUGGUUCAGGCAAGUCAGAGGCUACGAUAAUGUGCUCAAGACGUGCUGGUGCGAGUUCAUGUGCGUGGUUGCACUGAGGAAAGCGGCAUUAAGCCAGCACUGUCAACAAACAUGCCCUGAUACCGGUACGGUACGAACCACGCAGUAGCUCAACAGUCAACACGAAGCUUGCAUGCACUGCUAUUGUAAAUAAAAUCUUGC